GCCAGCCAAAGGCACUUGAUGCUGCCGCUAUGGCAACCAACGAACAAGAAGUGAUUGGGAUGUUACUGGCCCAGUCAGGGGAUGGCACUAUGCAGCUACACACAGCUAAUGGUGGUACAGAAGACCAUCAGAUAGCUGUCUCCCUGGCAGAGGGUGUAUCCACAGCCCGUGCAGACCUCGGACAUAUGUAUCUGUCCUCAGAUGGCAAGACGCUGCACAUGGUGGACGGUCAGUCUCUCCAGGCGGUGACACUGGCUGACGGGACGACCGCAUACAUCCAGCACAACCCGACCAAAGAUGGCAAGCUUGUGGAAGGCCAGGCUAUCCAGCUGGAGGAUGGUACAACAGCUUAUGUACAGGCUGUGCCAGCAGAUACAACUUCAAUGAAAGAACCUGACCCUACCGGUUUCCAGAUGUCAGAUGGACAGGCAGUACAGUUAGAGGACGGCACCACAGCGUAUAUCCACCACGCACCUAAAGGUUUUGAAGGCACCACAGUGCAGGCAGUACAGUUGGAAGAUGGCACUACAGCAUACAUCCACACACCUUCAACUGUACUCCAGCAUGGGGAGGGAGUGUUGCAUGCUGGGGAUGCAGGUCUAGACAACCUUCCUGGAAGUUCAGAUGAGGGCGUUGACCCCACAUCCAUCAGUGCCCUGGAGCAGUACGCAUCACAGGUGAGUGGAGCGGACCAGACUGUAAGCCAGUCGGACGGUGCGGUAACCUCCACCACCAUCACCACCCUCCCCCAUGAUGACGGCCCCUCCAUGGUGCCCACCCCCACCACCACCUCUGCUGCAGCCCUGGUGCCCGACCAGACUCACAUCACAUUUGAAAAAGCCAGGAUCCUGCAGAUCACCCAGUCUCCAGGCCCCAGAACCAGCAUGAAGGCUGCCCAGCUGGGUGAGAAGGCGUUCCGCUGUGAGUUUGAGGGGUGUGGCAGACUAUACACCACUGCACACCAUCUCAAGGUCCAUGAGAGGGCCCAUACAGGAGACCGUCCCUACAAGUGUGAACACCAAGGCUGUGAUAAGGCCUUCGCUACAGGCUACGGUCUGAAGAGCCACACCAGAACCCACACGGGGGAGAAACCGUACAAGUGCCCCGAGGAAACAUGCACCAAAGCCUUUAAGACAUCAGGAGACCUUCAGAAACAUGUACGAACACACACAGGUGAAAGGCCAUUCAAGUGCCCUUUUGAGGGCUGCGACCGUUCUUUCACCACAUCCAACAUCCGUAAGGUUCACAUCCGUACGCACACAGGGGAGCGGCCGUACAUCUGUAACAUAGAAGGCUGUGGGCGGUCUUUCGCUUCUGCAACAAAUUUCAAGAACCAUUCCCGCAUUCAUACAG